GAUGAACCUAAAAAAUUGUAUACUCCUGAGAUCUCUGUAGACUGUGCCAAUGGAGUUGGAGCUUUGGUGCUGAAGAAAAUGAUCCAUUUUUUACAGGAGCUACAAUCCAGUUCGUCUCCUAACAAGAAGAGUCUCAAAAUUAACCUUUUCAAUGACUUGGUAUUUGUCAAGGAUGUCCUCAACAACGAAUGCGGGGCAGAUUUUGUGAAAGUUCAACAGAAGAUUCCAAUAAUGAAGAAGAAAGAUGGCUCAUCUCUACAUGUCAUUCCUAAUGCACGGUAUGCAUCAGUUGAUGGCGAUGCAGAUCGCAUCAUUUAUUAUUAUGUUGAUGACUCUGGAAUUUUUCACUUGCUAGAUGGAGAUCGAAUUGCAAUUCUAGUGGCUGGCUAUCUGAAAGAACUGAUAAAGAAAACAGGCAUUAAUAUUCAAGUAGGUCUUGUUCAGACAGCUUAUGCAAAUGGCAGCUCCACAAAGUAUGCCAUUGAAAAAUUGAAUAUUCCUGUUGCAUGGACACUGACUGGAGUCAAACAUUUGCAUCAUAAAGCUAAAGAAUUUGAUAUUGGUGUUUAUUUUGAAGCAAAUGGGCAUGGUACAGUAUUGUUCAAUUCUAGAACCGUUGAGCAUUUAACGAAGCUUCUAGUUGAUGAAAGAAAUGGCUUAUCUGAGGAUCAAAAAGCUAAUCUAAAGAAGUUGCUUGUAGUCCGUGACGUGAUUAACGAGACAGUGGGAGAUGCCAUUGCAGAUCUACUGCUUGUUGAGGCUAUUUUAUAUGAUUCCGACUGGAACAUACAGCAAUGGCUGAAUUUGUAUGAUGACCUUCCUAACAGACAGCUGAAAGUCAGUUUGCAGGAUUGCUCUGUUGUUAAAACGGAAGGGGCGGAUGUCAAAUGUAUUGCGCCAGCAGGCCUUCAACAAAAAAUAAACUCUCUCGUCAAGAAUUAUCCCUCUGGACGAGCCUUUAUAAGGCCAUCUGGAACAGAGAAUUUUGUGCGCAUCUAUGCAGAAGCUGAUUCACAAAAGAACGCUGAUUCUCUAGCAGCUGAGGUUGCCCAAGCCGUUCAUUCUCUAGCCGGCAACGUUGGAGAUCUUUAUGAACACCCUCUUUAGCAUUCUGGAGCAGGGCGGAUGGUUGAUGUUAAGUUGGUGGGAAAGGACGACAAGAAGAGAAGACACAAUUCACGUGGACGCCAUAACAGUAGUGUAUUGAAGGGAGCCGCUUCCACAGGAGCCUGGGCGGCUAGGCGCUUAUAGUUGCCAUAUCGACAUGUGCCUUUUUUAUAUUUGAAAA